AGGGGGGAGGGGAGGGGUUUGAAUGGCAGGCGUUCCGAGCUCUUAUCGAUGAUGGUGCUGUGGCGGGUGGUGCUGUGGCGGGUGGUGCUGUGGCGGGUGGUGCUGUGGCGGGUGGUGCUAUGGAGGGUGGUGCUAUGGAGGGUGGUGCUAUGGAGGGUGGUGCUAUGGAGGGUGAUAAUGGCGAGGCUGGUGAGGGGGCGGAGAGGAGUGACAGGACGGACCCUGGAGCAGUGAUUGGUGGUGACUCUAUUGAAGGUGAUACUAUUGAGAGUGAUGUGAUGGGGCGACGAGGCAGGGUGGUGUCUGGGAGGAGGCGGUGGUGGGACAGAGGGGUGAUGGAGCGGGUGAGGGCGUGGGAGUGGCGGGGGGGGAGGGAGAGAGGAGCAGGAAGGGAGGGGAGAAGUUCAGAAGCGGGAGCAGGGGAGCAGAGGCAGGUGGAUCAGAGAGAGGGUGGGGACAUGAGGGUAGGUGAACAUGGGGGGCGUGUGGCUGUGAGUGAGGCUGUGAGUGGGGCUGUGAGUGAGGCUGUGAGUGAGGCUGUGAGUGAGGCUGUUGGGGGGGGAGGCUACAGAAGGAAUGCGGAUGUGAGGAGUGAGCAUCUGUGGGAUGAGAGUUGGAGUGAGCAUGCGCUUGGGGGGGUGGUGGAGGGGGGAGAAGAGAGUGACGAGCUGGGGGCGAUGGGGAUGCUUGACGGCGAUAAGGAGAAUGUAGAGCCGGCCAUGUAGGUGUAGUAGGGUAGGGUUGUUCAUCCAGGUCCUGACAUUGGUCAAUGAUCAUGAACAUUUCUGAAGUAUUUUUUCCUUACUGUUAAGCUGCCUAUGACAA